GUCCAUUUUCUAUCAAUUUGUAAAACUUAAAAAAACGACGUCGAAAAAAAGAAAUUCUUUUUGUCGGUUGAAAGCUAAUUGUGGUUGGAUAAUGUGAUUUUACUACUUUUAUGUGUUUUAAUUAUAAUUUAUCGAGUAUUAAUAUCCCGCAACAUAAACAACAUCAGCAAAACGGUAAGACUGACAAUUCAAUAUGGAAGACGAGAAUGAAUACAAAAAGUUGCCGACUGAAGAGAAAUGUGUGCAUAAAUUAUGGAAAGCGAGAGUGACUGGUUAUGAAGAGGCUAUUAAGCUAUUUAAUCAAAUAGAUGAUGAAAAGUCUCCGGAAUGGAACAAGUACCUUGGACUUAUAAAGAAAUUUGUCACAGAUAGCAAUGUUGUUGCACAGGAAAAAGGCUUAGAAGCAGCUCUAGUAUUUGUUGAGAACUGUGGUCAUGCUGGAAAAACUACCGGAGAGGUGAUGUCCGGGAUAGUGACUAAAUGCAUUGCAGCACCUAAAACAAAGACCAAGGACCUCGCCUUACAAAUAACACUCAUGUACAUAGAAAUUGAAAAACAUGAGAUAGUUGAGGAGGAACUCCUCAAAGGGAUGGAACAAAAGAAUCCUAAAGUGGUGGCCGCAUGUAUAUCAGCACUGAAUACAGCACUGAAACAGUUUGGCAACAAGGUGGUAGCUAUCAAGCCUAUGGUCAAAAAAAUACCCAUCCUGUUGGCGGACAGAGAUAAGACUGUGAGGGAUGAAAUGAAGGCAUUGGUUAUAGAAAUGCAUAGAUGGAUAGGAGCCGCUAUCGAGCCGCACAUAGCGUCCCUGCAGGCUGUAGUACAACAGGAACUAAGGGAAUCCUUCGGGGGCGGAGGAGCAGCACAUCCUACGAGGUUCCUGCGAUCACAACAACAUCGGCUGAGAGAGGUCCCCGCCGCGGACUAUACCGACGGUCGAGCUGACGAUGAAGAUGCGGAAACUGGUGGCGGGGACUCCGCCGAAAUGGAUCCCUACGACCUCCUGGACCCCGUCGAGAUUCUGUCCAAGCUACCCAAAGACUUCUACGAUAAGCUGGAAGCGAAGAAAUGGCAGGAGAGGAAGGAAGCUCUGGACGCACUGGACAAUAUACUGAAGACAGCCCCCAAACUGGAGCCCGGGGACUACGCUGAUUUGGUCCGUGCGUUAAAAAAAGUGAUAUCUAAGGACACUAACGUGAUGCUAGUGGCGCUCGGCGGCCGGCUGCUGGGGAUGGUGGCGAGCGGGCUCCGGAACAAGUUCUCGCCGUACGCGGUCGCCUGUGUGUCCGCUAUACUCGAGAAGUUCAAGGAGAAGAAGACCAACGUCGUGAGCGCGCUGAGAGAAGCUAUAGACGCUAUAUACCCAUGCACGAGUCUGGAAGCUAUCAUGGAAGAUAUGCUAGCAGCGUUCGAUAAUAAAAACCCUUCGAUAAAGGCUGAGAGCGCUGUGUUCCUGGCGCGAGCUCUGUGUAUCACACAGCCGGCGGCCUUCAAUAAGAAACUCAUUAAGGCUUAUGUGGCUGGACUGUUGAAGUUACUGGAGAGCGCUGAUCCCGCAGUGAGAGACGCCGCAGCGGAAGCCCUGGGUACUGCGACAAAAUUGGUUGGAGAGAAAAACAUUGCUCCACAUAUUGGUAAACUAGACAACUUGAAAGAGCAGAAAAUUAAAGAAUUCGCGGAAAAGGCGGAGAUUAAAAUCAAAGUAGCCGCUCCCAAGAAGGAAGCUAAAGCUAAAGCUCCUCCGCCCAGCGGCAAGGGCGACGCCAAGGCUGGCUCCAGUCAACCCAAACCUGUCAAAAGACCAGCGUCCGGAACAGCAAAGAAACCUACAGCCAAGAAGGCCCCAGCGCGAGGCCCUUCAAGUCCCCCAAGGGAGUUGGAACUGUCACCGGAAGAAGUAGACUCCCGGGCAGAACAGAUCUUUACAUCGGACGUUCUUACUGGUUUAGGAGAUGGCAACUGGAAGAGUCGUCUAACAGCCGUUCAGUCGUUCCAUUCAACAGUCCAAGGUCUGACUACAUCGGAUGCGACAGCACAAGUCUUGUAUAGAACACUGAACAAGAAACCAGGUCUCAAAGACACCAAUGUUCAAGUCUUGAAAGCGAGAUUGGAGGCCUGUAAAUAUAUCACGGAAAACUUUCCCAUAUCUACAACCGCCGCUGACUUUGUUCUUCAAGAUAUCGUCACAAAGUUGGCUGAAACUUCCUGUUCCUCAGUUUCAUCCGAGUGUCUGACAUCGCUGGCUGAGAGUUGCGGUUUGGAACAUGUACUCAAUGAAGGGCUCACUUUCGCUAUGGACUCGCAGAAGAACCCCAAAGUUCAAGCAGAAAUGUUCAAUUGGAUGGCAGUAGCGAUAAAGGAAUUCGGUUUCACAAUGAAUGUCAAAUCAAUAAUCGCACAUUCGAAGAAAGCGUUGUCUGCGACGAAUCCUAACGUCCGAACGUCUACCGUCAAUUUCUUGGGAAUACUGUCUUUAUAUGUGGGCCCGUCACUUAUCAGUCAUUUUGACAGCGAAAAGGCCGCUACCAAGCAACUGAUAAGCUUGGAACUGGAUAAAUACGCCAACAGCACUCCGCCCACACCGACUAGACAAUUGGGAACAGUGAGUAAGUCGGCAAGUAAAGGUUCAAUAGGAGACGAUCUCGAUGAAGCUUAUGAAGAUGCCGCAGACGAGGAACCGGCUGCUGUAGAAGAUAAUAGACCGAGGACAGAUAUAGCACCGCUUAUCACUGACGCUCUGGUUGCCGAAAUAGGAGAUAAAAAUUGGAAGGUUCGUAAUGAAGGUUUGGAUAAGGUGAAGGCAAUCAUCACAAACUCCUCACCGAUCAAACCUUCGCUGGGUGAACUACCAGCGGCCCUGGUCGCUCGGCUUCUGGAUUCUAACUCAAAACUAGCUCAAAGUGCUCUACAAAUUUGUGAGCUGUUAGCGACGUCUAUGGGCCCUAAAUGCAAACAGCACGUGAGGACCUUUUUCCCGGCUUUCUUUCAAGCGUUUGGUGACAGCAAGCAAUGGAUUCGUACCUCAGCUGUGUCGUGUGUGGACGCGUGGUGCGGGGCGGCGGGCGCGGCGGUCGCCUUCGAUGGUGAAAUGGUUCUGGACGCUCUUAAAGCCGGUUCACCGGUACUGCGAGCUACGCUACUUACAUGGCUAGCUGAAAAGCUACCUAAUAUUCCUCCGAAGUCGUUUCCUCGCGAGGAGUUGUCCCAGUGCGUGCCCAUACUGUUCGCGUGUCUGGAGGAUCGAGCGGCGGAUGUAAGACGGGCGGCCGCUGACGCUGUGUUCCCCGUCAUGUUGCACCUCGGAUACGAAGCCAUGCACAAACAGAUGGACAAACUGAAGCCGGGUUCCAAGACUGUAGUGCAAGCGGCGCUGGACAAGGCCCGUCCGAAUUUGCCGGUCCAACCUUUACCAGCUAAGAACAAAAAAGACGAACCCAAGGGUGUUAAGACGGGAGGCGCUCUGAAGAAGGAGGGAGAUAAAAAGGGAACAAUGACGAAGAAGGUAGUUAAACCGGCUUCGGCCUCGAGUCGCGGCAAAAAGGAAGACGAAGAUUGCACUCCCCUGCUACCCAACAACAACGCUAAGAACCAGCGCAUUAUUGACGAUCAGAAACUAAAAGUAUUGAAAUGGAACUUCACAACACCUCGCGAGGAAUUCUUUGAAUUGCUCAAAGAACAAAUGAACAGCGCUGGUCUUAACAAACAACUCGUCGCUAAUAUGUUUCACAGCGACUUCCGUUAUCACUUGAAAGCUAUCGAAGCGUUAUCAGAAGACCUCCACGAGAACGGAACAGCGUUGAUGGCGAACCUGGACCUCGUAUUAAAAUGGCUGACCCUGAGAUUCUUUGACACCAACCCUUCAGUCAUACUAAAGGGCUUGGAAUAUUUGAAUAUCGUGUUCCAGUAUUUAAUUGACAGUGACUAUACUAUGGCUGAAUAUGAAGCUAAUUGCUUUAUACCGUACUUAGUGCUGAAGGUCGGAGACCCGAAAGACACUGUACGAAAUGGUGUAAAGGCUUUAUUCAAGCAAAUAGGAGUCGUGUAUUCAGUCACUAAACUGUUCGGAUACUUGAUGGAAGGUCUGAAGUCCAAGAACGCCAGGCAGAGGGCUGAAUGUCUGGAGUGCAUUAACCAUCUCCUGGAGACCUACGGUUCAACGGUGAUGUCGGGAGGCGGCGCGGCUCUUAAAGAACUGGCGCGUCUCAUAGGGGACCGGGAUAAUGCUGUGCGGUCAGCCGCCUUGAACUGUGUGGCCACGGCGUACUUCCUGGACGGGGAGAGAGUUUAUAAGAUGAUCGGACAGAUAUCUGAUAAAGAUCUCUCGCUACUUGAGGAGCGCAUCAAGCGAGCUGGGAAGACUCGAACAGCGGAGGAGCGUCGGGCCGGGCUGGUGCCGCUAUCAGCUGGUGGCAGACCUCUCAUGCACGCCGUUGAGCAAGAACCAGAACCACCACAAGAAGAACCCGCCCAGGAAUAUGAGGAAGAGGAAAUUGAAGAGCAACCAGUUAUAGUUCAACCGCCGGUGAGAGCAAUGACAGAGCCGAAAGUAAUAACGGGACCCUUCAGACUCGACCCUGACCUGAUCGCCAAGCUUGAUGCAGCUGUUCCAGUAGUCCGGAAGCCAGAUUUACCCGAGUUGGACUUGAAGUUCCUAGACGAACCGAUACCCGUGUCCACUGUCAGGAAUGUCAGUGCGCCGGUCAGGCCGAGUAUGUCCACACUAUCCCCGUCCAGACCCACUCCUCACCUGGUGCCUCACAAGCCAGCCCUCGAUGACACUCAGCUGGCCGACACCAUACAUUCUAUAUCGAGUCCGGAUCUCAACGCGGCUAUCAGAGCCCUAUCUCUGAUCUCUGGUACACUGGAAUCUGGUCGCGGGGCUGCGGUCGCGUCCCACGAGGCACGGCUCAUAUCAGCAGUGUCCGCACAACUACGACGACUAAGAAUGACGCCCGGACCCGCCCAACAUACUCUGCAGGCGUAUAAAUGUUUGGCACAGUCAUUGUCAACUUUCUACGAGACAGCCGGUUGCGGUAGACAAGUGGGUGAAGCAGCACUAAGGUCUCUGCUGGGCGAGUUACUGCUGGUGCUUGGAGCGUCACCCGCCACGCCCACAACGGAAGCCGAACGCAUCGUCAGAAUACUCAAUAACGUUUGCGUUAGAGUUCUAGAACACUCACCACGCACAGCUUUGUUAUGUGCAAUCAUAUCACUUCUACACGACUCGAUAGUCGAAUCCGACCCGGCCUAUCCCAGAUAUCAAGAUCUAUUGCUGAAAUGUUUCUGGAAAACGUUGAAGAUGAUACCGACGUGGGAUGUGACCUCCAUUGAUUAUGACGCUGUGUUAUUCAAGAUACAUCUCUUCUACAAGGCCUAUCCUAACAGCUACUGGAAGAAGAAUCCAGAAAUAAGCGACACUCCUUAUAGAACCGUCAAGACUCUAGUCCACACCUUAGUCAAAAUGAAGGGAGCGUCCAUAACCAACCACCUCACACAGAUACCUGACGUCAAUGAAUCAGAUCUCUAUCCUUAUUUACAUAAAGUACUCAAGCAACUUAAGCUAGACGAGCGUAAAGAGCCAGAGGUGGUGAACAACGGUGUGCCGCCGAGCUCUAUGAACACGUCGCUCCAAGCCGGCCGGCUGCCGCGAGGAGUGCACGAUGAGUUGGCCGCCAUACUCAAGAGGAUCGGCUCCAAAGAACAUAACAGGGAGGCGCUGUCGCAGCUGUAUGAUCUGCGGGAACGUCACCCUGAGGUCGACAUCUGGACUUUCAUGCAAGGAUCGUCCUUCUACUUCCGAAAUUACGUGGAAAGAGGUCUCAGAGAAGUGGCCGAUCAGAGGAAGAUGGCUUCAGUUUCCAUAUACAAGAGCGACUUUAAAACUGAUAAUAUUGACAUAAGUAAUGAAAACGACGAGAAAACUCACGUUAUAUUUUUGGAACGAUUAAGAGCACUGCAGGCUAAAGCUGGCAUAAAAACGGAGUCGAACCCCUCGUCACAGCCGCGCACGCCGAGCGACAACCGCGCGCUCGCAGAUUCUAUAACGGAGAACAGUUUGCCCAGAACACACAGCCUCGACCCGCAACUGGAGCUUCACACAACGCAGCAAGUCUCCAUAAAGAACGAAGCGGCCGUGGACGCACUCCGUCUCAAACUUCAGCAAAUCAAGAGCUCGUCGAAGAGAUAAAUGAAAUCAUGAAAAUUAAAUCAUCUUUAUUUACCGUGUGCCUAGGACUUUGGUUUCCAACGUUCCAAAGUUUUUCCAUCAUAAAUCUUCCUGGCAAAGGUUUUCAUAUAAAAAACUAAGGAACGUUCGGUUUUCGAGUCGAAAAUGUUAAUUCAUAAGGCACAGUUCUCAUUCACUACACACUUUUCCCUGUGAUGCGACGCCCCGUGCGCUAAUCGUACUUUAGUUUAAAAUCUGUAGUAGUAAUUCGGUUCGUUAGUCGCUGCAGCCCCUUGCUUUGAAUGACAUGACAAUAGUUAUAAACAGUAUAUUGCAGGGUAAAUUGUUUUCGAUUAGUGAGGGGCUAGGAUCCGACGUCCUCGGAGCGAGCUCUUGCCAGGAAUUGGAUUAAAAUAUUAGAUAUUGUGUGUACUUGCAAGUGUUGUUGAUUGUUGAAGCGAACGAUAUGCACGUUUGAAAUACUCGACUUGAAAUUUGAAGCCCCACUAUUUGUAAAAAAAAAAAUGUUUAUUUUUGUUGCGUGUAACAAUAAACUAACUUUCCGUCUCUUAGCAGCCAGUAAUUAACAGAAAAUAUAACGAAAAAAAAUAUUUUAAUAAGCUAUGUAUGAUGUAACUUCCUAGCAAAUGAUAGAAAAUAUGCAAAAAAAAAAGUAUUCAAUUAUCCAGUGACAUGUUGAUUGCUUUACGAGAUCAAUGUAGUCUUCAUUGUAAUGAAAACUACGAAUUGAUGUGUAAUCCCAUUGUUUUCUGUUAUAUUUUAGUUUUAAUGUUUUUGUAUAUGAAGCUCAAGAUUGCAAUUGAAAACUACUCACUACAUGUACUCAUACUGAUAUCGUCUCGAAAUUUAAAGUUGCAAUCUUGAGUUCUAUAUUUGAAAUGUAUUGUCUAUUGAUUGAUUGAUUUGAUUAAUGAGUUUUAAGACUGUUAGGCUUGAAAGGAGUAUUCAAUUUUGUGUUGUGUUUUGCAGUCAUCCACUAAGUUUGUUUAUAAACUUUUUAUAGCUGCGAUGAGGCCACAUUGUUAUUAUUACUAACACCUAUUCCUACAUCAUUAACCAACAAAAUUGUAAUUACAUUCCCAAAUAAUUGGAAUUUUAUGUACCUUUUUCAAUUUACCUUAUUUUAAUUGACAUUUUUAUUUAAUUUUUAUAUGCUCAUAUGCACAGCUUUGUUGACUGUCACCUGUCGAAGUUCCUACUACAAACUAUUAAUUAAACUACGUUAAUGUUUCCGUUAUAAUAAAUUUCUGAACAGUGGAUGAUUAAAAAGUUAAUUGUUGCAAAACUGUCAGUUGUCAAAGUUAUGUGUACGGGCAGUUUAUAAAACGACUGAUUUAUCGUUCUCCAUUUUACACUCGCACUAUAUUAUGACUCAAUAUUCACACUGAUGUUAUAUUUCUUUAUCGAUUGUUACAUAUUGUUGACGGAUUCUUGAAUGUUAAAAAAAAAGACGGAAACGUGUCGAGUCUAUGAAUGUAAAACUAUUUACUUUUUUUUAAUACUUAUUUCAUUUUGUUUUCCUUUCUACCCUAUAAAAUAUAACAUUCGGAAUUAAUACAGAAUUAAAGAAUUUUACUUAGGUCUAGUGUUAUUGUUUCUUUAGUACUGCUUUUUUAUGAUACUUGACUACAUUUGAGCAUUUAUUUAUUUUAAUGUAUUAAAUCAUGAUGUAAUAUUGAUAAAUAAAUUCAUACUACA